AUGAUUAAGAAGUUCGAGGAAACGGGGUCACUGACCAUUCGCCCUGGAAGAGGACGUAAACUAGUAUCAGAAGAUGUAAUAACUGAUGUGGUAACUGCAAUUGUCGAAGGAUCGCAGGGAACCAUAGCUGGUACUAGCAGCGCCCGGGGUGUAGCUCGACAAUUCGACAUGAAUUAUUCGGCGGUAUGGAGAGUUUUGCGGCGUCUUAUUGGAUUUUACCCCUACAAAAUCAGCCGCUUGCACGGACUGAAACCAAAUGAUUAUGAUAAGCGAGUGACAUUCGCUCUAUCGUUUCUUGCCAGGGUAGAAAUUGAUGAUGCUUUCCCAUGGCACAUUCUGUCGGGAGAUGAAUGCGAUUUUUAUCUCAAUGGGUACUUAAACACACAAAAUAGCCGAAUUUGGGCUUCUGAGCAGCCCCACACCGUGCACGAAAUCCCGUUAAAUUCCCCAAAAGUCACUGUUUGGUGUGGUUUCACAGCCUAA